GGGCGGCCCCAGGGGCGGGCGGUGCAGCCGGAAGAUCCCGCCCCGGUGGGGGCGGCACCGGGCGCGGCACAGGCCGGGCUGUCCCUUCGCGCUCCGCGCCGCCAUGGUGGGGAAGGCCAAGCGCCCGCGGCUGCACCGCACCGCCCCCCGGGCCUGGCCCGCCCGGGACCUGCCGCCGCUCCCCGCGCCCGAGCCGGGCCCCGGCCCCGGGAAGGACUGGGACUUCUCAUCUUCUGAUGUCUUUUCUGGGCUGAAGAUUGAUCCUGAUACCCUGGUCAAGAAGCUCGACUUGGACUCCAGAAGCAUCAUUUCCUCCAGGACAGAAAUAGAAAGUGUGAAGAUAAUGAAACAGAAGCAAAAAGCCGAAGCGAAGCGAAAAGCAACACCUGUGGUGGGAGACAUGCAGCCCUUGAUGGAAGCCCUACCUGAGCUCUCUGACCUGACCACAGGUGGCAGGGGCAGGAAGCCAGUGAAGAGCCAUAUAGCAAAGGCAGAACCAUCAGACUUCUGUCUGAUGAAACAAGCUCAGAAACAUCGGCUCCUAGAGGAGGAAGUGGCUCGGUUUCAUGAGGUUAUCACCGAUCCCAAGUACAGAGCCAACCCCCUCAUGGCCAUCAGCAACCACCUCUCUAAGAGGCUGAGGCUGGGGGAAGAAGGGAAUCCCUUCUAGAGUGUCAGCUGGGACCAGAGCAGCGCACCAGGGUGCAAAGUCUCUGGGCUGCGAAGGAGCACAUCUCUGACAUGACCUCUCAACCACUUUGGUCCUUGGAAGCAGUUCAGCAGAUAAUUAAAUCCAACAGCCCCGGUUUCUGUUUGCAAGAAUAACACAGCUCUCUCCUGAUAGGGGCAGCUGCCCCUUUGCAGGCAGUCUGCACGGGGCAGGGUGUUCUGUGGGAUCUUUGUACAGGCAUUAAUCUCCCUGCAAAGUGUCUUGAUACAUUUGCUCUUCUUGUGAGCAGGCACAAUUUCUGAAAUUGUGCCAAUGGCCAUGCAUCUGUUUUCUGUCCUUUCCCUCCCCUUCCUGACAACUCUGAAAAGAGAUUCCCAAGUGCUGUGUUGGAAUGGGUCAGGACUCCAAGCCCAAGAGACUGCUGGAGAUCUGUCAGGAUGAAUGCUGCUGUUCACAGACAUUGUUUUAUGUGAGAAAUUUAGCUUUGGAAUAAACACUUUCGUACAGCA